GUUGAUUCAUAUGAUAGAAUGGAUCUUUUGAAUCAUGGCCAAUGAAGAUAUGGAAACAUCAACUCCUCAAACUGUUGUUUUGAGAAAGAAUGACAAUAUCCAAGAACAACAACAAGAAGAAACUGUUUCUAAUCAAGAAAUAACCCUUUAUGAAAAGCGUCUUCGUCGUUUUUGUUGCCUUUGUUGUUUCCAAUGUGACUUGUUUUGGAAAGAAAAUGAGCAAAAGGAAGAAACAAAACAAGCCAUUUCACACUUUUCUAGUCUUAUAGUGGGAAACGGAUUUCAAGACUUAUUACCUGACGACUGGAUUUUGGGGGUCAAAGUAUAUAAAAGAAUACAAGGUUCUUCUCAUCGACAAACCCAACCUUCAGAACCUAUUCAAAACAAACCUUUAGAAACUCUGGAACAAGCAAAGCGUUUUAUGCAACACGCAGAAGCAGUAUUUGGGCCUUUAUUAUUUGCUAUUGAAAAACCUUCCCAGGCUAUAUUAGGAAUAACUCCCCAAUUGGUGAUAUUUCUUCGUACUGGAGUGCACUCUAAAGAUAUUGUAGCCCAUAAAUUCAAAGCUGAUACUUAUUUUCCAGCUUAUUAUAUUUGUUAUGAUCAUUUAACACUUUCUAUUGUGGUUGCUGUACGUGGCACUUUGAGUAUUGCCGACGCACUUACCGACUUGGAUGGACUCAACGAACCUUUGAAAAUAACUUUUGCUCAAAAUACUAUUCAUGGUUUUGUACAUAAUGGAAUGCUUCGUGCAGCACAGAGAUUAACUCAAACUAUGGAACCCAUUUUACGAAAUGCUUGUGAAUCAUAUCCUUCCUAUCGACUGAUAGUUACAGGACAUUCUUUAGGAGCAGGAUGUGCAAUGGUAUUGAGUAUAUUGUUGAGAGAAAGAAAUAUUUGUGACAAUUUGCAAUGUUAUGCAUUUGGUCCUCCACCUGUUUUGAGUGAUACUUUGGCGGAAGCUUGUCAUUCUUUUGUUAUUUCAUUUGUACAUAAUAACGAUAUUGUUCCUAGAUUGAGUAUUCCUGCUUUACGUCGAUUUUUUCGUGCUUGUCAAAUUGCCAAACGUUAUAAUUCCUUUCAACGUUUAGCUUUAUGGUUAGGUUGGACGAAUUGGAUUCAUUUGGAUGUUUCUACUUUGGAACAUUCUUCAGAUGAGACAUAUGAAAGUCAAAGAUUAUUUGUAGGUGGCACAAUCUAUCAUUUACAGAAGAUAAGAACCACAAAUAGAUAUUUCCAAUGUCACCAUAAUCGUCCUAUUUAUUCCAUGUCUACGAUCAUGAAACAACAAUUGAGAGAAAUUAUUGGAUUGAAAGGUAUGUUGGUGGAUCAUUUACCAGAAAAUUAUGCCAAAGCUAUUAAGACAGUCAUUCAAUCCAUUGAUGAUCCAUAACGAACGAUAUCAACGGAUUAUCUAUCCGUU